AUGAUAAUUUGCUCACUUCACACUCAGAACAAAGACAAAGCACAAGCAAAUCUUGAGACUCCUCCAAACCAUGCCAAAUUCAAUACACUCCCAGGGCAGAAGGGCACUAUCUCUCUUCUUCAGUGUCACCUCGCUGAACGUGCACAGCCUGCAAGUCAGCCUCAUGGUACUGUCAUCAAUUUCAACAUCCCAUCAGAGCUUCUUGCUGUGUUUUUCCCUCCUGCAGCUCCAAACAACAACAUACCUCAACCUGCACCUGCUGGAUCAUGCACUGAAGGUGGUCAAUCAGACUCUCUGAUUCCCUAUGGUAUGCUGCAUGGACCAACACUUUCCCUCAAUGAUUUCUAUAGCAACUAUACCCUCAGCGAUGAUAUCCACAUGAAGCUACACCAGAACAGGUAUACAGGCAUGGAGACUAUCUGUUACAUCCUUGUCUCAGAGCUGAAGGAAAUGGAGUUCAAGCUGGGAGAGAUUGCUGUGAUGCGUCCAGCUAUGAAGUGUUGGUGCAGGUGA